CGCGCGCGCACACACACACACACUCUCUCUCUCUCUCUCUCCAUAGAAGCACAACCGAGGCUUUCUUUCCUUGGCGUAACCACCGAGAUUUCCAGCGAGUAUAAGGCCAAUUUCUGCAGCGAAACUUUUUGGAGCAAGGAGAUAUUCUAGAGAUUUUAAAAGUUUGAGAUUUUGGGGUCAAUUGAAUCUCAUUGUUAAGAUCUUUUUGUAGAGAAAUGGGAAGUGCCAACGUAGACAAACUCAGGUUUUGCAUUGACAGAGGGGGCACUUUCACUGAUGUUUAUGCCGAAAUCCCGGGUCAUUCGGAUGGUCGAGUUCUGAAACUUUUGUCUGUUGACCCAUCAAACUAUGAGGAUGCUCCAGUUGAGGGCAUUAGGAGGAUUCUUGAAGAGUUUACCGGAGAGGAAAUUCCACGGACUUCGAAGAUACCCACUGAUAAGAUAGAGUGGAUAAGAAUGGGGACGACGGUGGCGACGAACGCCCUCUUAGAGAGAAAGGGAGAAAGGAUUGCGCUUUGUGUGACUCGGGGCUUUCGGGAUCUGCUCCAGAUUGGUAACCAGGCCCGUCCGAACAUAUUCGACCUCACUGUAUCGAAACCAUCAAACCUUUAUGAGGAGGUUGUUGAGGUUGAUGAGAGAAUUGAACUAGUACAAGAUGGAGAACAGAAUGUGGAUUCUUCUGCGCGGGUAAUCAGAGGGGUUUCGGGUGAGCUUGUCAAGGUUUUGAAACCGCUUAAUGAAGAAGCUUUGAAGCCUUCGCUGAAAGGUCUAUUGGAAAAGGGGAUUAACUGUUUGGCUGUUGUGUUGAUGCACUCCUAUACUUAUCCGCACCAUGAAAUAGCCGUGAAAACGUUAGCAAUGAGUUUGGGAUUUCGACAUGUUUCCUUAUCUUCAGCUUUGACACCCAUGGUUCGAGCUGUCCCUCGUGGUCUUACAGCUAGUGUGGAUGCAUACUUGACCCCUGUGAUUAAAGAAUACCUGUCAGGGUUCAUUUCCAAAUUCGAUGAAGGCCUGCAAAAGGUGAUUGUUCUCUUUAUGCAAUCUGACGGAGGGCUUGCGCCGGAAAGUAGAUUUUCUGGGCACAAAGCUGUUUUGUCAGGUCCUGCUGGGGGAGUUGUUGGUUACUCGCAGACUCUUUUUGGGCUCGAAACAGAGAAACCGCUUAUCGGGUUUGACAUGGGUGGUACAUCUACAGAUGUGAGUCGUUAUGCAGGGAAUUAUGAACAAGUCUUAGAAACCCAGAUUGCUGGUGCCAUUAUACAGGCACCUCAGCUUGACAUAAAUACCGUUGCUGCAGGUGGUGGAUCAAAAUUGAAGUUCCAGUUUGGAGCUUUUCGGGUCGGACCAGAAUCUGUUGGUGCACAUCCAGGUCCAGUGUGUUACCGAAAAGGCGGGGAAUUGGCAGUCACAGAUGCAAACUUGAUUCUUGGUUUUGUCAUACCUGAUUAUUUUCCAUCCAUUUUUGGCCCUAAUGAGGAUCAGCCCUUAGAUAUCAAGGCAACUAGAGAAGAAUUUGAAAAGCUUGCAAAGGAAAUAAAUUCCUACAGAAGGAUCCAAGAUUCUUCUGCAAAGGACAUGACGGUGGAGGAGAUUGCGCUGGGGUUUGUAAAUGUUGCAAAUGAGACGAUGUGUCGCCCGAUAAGGCAAUUAACUGAAAUGAAGGGGCAUGAGACAAGGAACCAUGCUCUUGCUUGCUUUGGAGGUGCCGGGCCUCAGCAUGCCUGUGCUAUUGCUAGGUCUUUGGGCAUGACAGAAGUACUCAUACACCGGUUUUGUGGGAUCUUAAGUGCAUAUGGGAUGGGAUUGGCGGAUGUUGUAGAAGAUGCACAGGAGCCAUAUUCUGCUGUUUACUGUCAAGACUCUGUGGUGGAGGCCUCUUGCAGGGAAGCGGUUUUAUUGAAGCAGGUAAAACAGAAGCUACAAGAGCAAGGAUUUGGAGAUGAAAGCAUUAAAACGGAGACCUAUCUGAACUUAAGGUACGAAGGUACAGAUACUUCAAUUAUGGUGAACAAACAGACGUCCACAGAUGGAGCUGGAUACGACUUUGACGUGGAAUUCGUGAGGCUGUUCGAGCAGGAGUAUGGGUUUAAACUACAGAACAGGAAUAUUCUAAUAUGUGAUGUGAGAGUUCGUGGGGUGGGAGUCACUAAUAUACUGAAACCAAGGGCUAUACCACUUGCAUUUGAUACUCCUAAAGUUGAAGGCAGCUACAAGGUCUAUUUUCGAAACGAGUGGCAAGAUAUGCCACUAUUCAAGCUUGAGAAACUAAGUUAUGGUCAUGUAGUGCCUGGUCCUGCGAUAAUUAUGAAUGGGAAUAGUACUGUUAUAGUAGAACCCAAUUGCAAAGCUAUCAUAACCAAAUAUGGAAAUAUUAAAAUCAAGCUAGAGCCUAUUUCGAGCACUGUGAGAAUUUCAGAAAAAACCGCAGAUGUUGUGCAACUCUCGAUAUUUAAUCAUCGGUUUAUGGGCAUAGCUGAACAGAUGGGGAGGACCCUGCAAAGAACUUCUAUAUCUACAAACAUAAAGGAAAGGCUAGACUUCUCUUGUGCCCUAUUUGGACCCGAAGGGGGACUAGUUGCGAAUGCCCCUCAUGUUCCCGUGCACUUGGGAGCUAUGUCUAGCACCGUUUGUUGGCAGCUGAACUACUGGGGCGACAAUUUGAAUGAAGGAGAUGUUUUGGUAACCAACCAUCCUUGUGCUGGAGGAAGUCAUCUACCAGACAUAACUGUUGUAACCCCCGUUUUCGAUAACGGGAAGUUGAUAUUCUUUGUGGCGAGUAGAGGUCAUCAUGCUGAGAUUGGGGGUAUUACUCCUGGAAGCAUGCCGCCCUUUUCCAAAUCGAUAUGGGAAGAGGGGGCUGCCAUAAAAGCAUUUAAGCUUGUCGAAAAUGGGGUUUUUCAAGAAGAAGGAAUCGUGGAACUUCUUCGGUUCCCCAGUUCUGGUGAAUUAGCAAAUCAGAUCCCAGGAUCCCGCAGGCUUCAAGAUAAUUUAUCAGACCUUCGGGCUCAAGUAGCCGCAAAUCAGAGAGGAAUUUCUCUCAUCAAAGAACUUAUUGAGCAGUAUGGUUUGGAGACUGUUCAAGCUUACAUGACUUAUGUGCAGUCGAAUGCAGAAGAAGCGGUGAGAGAAAUGCUGAAGUCAGUUGCUGCUAGAGUUUCGUCCAAAUCAACUAAUGUCGGAGAUAAGAAUUCCGUGACUAUUGAAGAAGAGGAUUACAUGGAUGAUGGAUCUGUUAUUCGAUUGAAGCUUACGAUUGAUUCUCAUAAAGGCGAAGCAAAUUUUGAUUUCAGCAGAACCAGUCCAGAAGUUUAUGGGAACUGGAAUGCCCCAGAAGCAGUUACGACUGCAGCGGUCAUAUAUUGUCUUCGUUGUUUGGUGGACGUCGAUAUUCCUCUCAAUCAAGGUUGUUUGGCUCCUGUGAAAAUUCACAUCCCAGCAGGUUCAUUCCUCUCUCCUAGCGAUAAGGCCGCCGUGGUGGGAGGUAAUGUUCUGACAUCUCAGAGAAUAACCGAUGUUAUACUUACUGCUUUUCAAGCUUGUGCUUGUUCACAGGGUUGUAUGAACAAUCUCACCUUUGGGGAUGAUACUUUUGGUUAUUAUGAGACAAUUGGAGGGGGUAGUGGGGCUGGCCCCACCUGGGAUGGGACCAGUGGAAUUCAAUGCCACAUGACCAACACAAGAAUGACUGAUCCAGAGAUUUUUGAGCAGAGAUAUCCAGUUUUGUUGCACAAAUUCCAGCUGAGAGAGAGAAGUGGGGGGGUUGGAAUUCAUCAAGGGGGUGAUGGGCUGGUUAGGGAGAUAGAAUUUCGGCGGCCUGUUGUUGUUAGCAUUCUUUCGGAGAGGCGUGUUCAUGCACCGAGAGGGUUGAAUGGAGGAAAACACGGGGCUCGCGGAGCAAACUACCUGAUUACAAAAGAUAAACGAACUGUUUUCCUCGGAGGUAAGAACACGGUUCAGGUAAAGGCGGGGGAAAUCCUUCAGAUUUUAACUCCUGGUGGUGGUGGAUGGGGUUGCCCCUCUUGAUCUUUAAUUCCGACGAUCUUCUUCGGUAUGAUUUUUCUUAUUUCUCUGGAAAUCUGCUAUAGAUGAUGAUGUUGGUCUCUACAUAAUUGGAAAAAGAAUAUAUUCAAUCUUUAAAUUUAGAGGAAUAAAAGAAUAAACUAGUUCUGCUCUUUGGAAAUUACAUUGUUCUAUUUCAAU